CAGUAAAUAAAAUAAAAUGUUAAAAGUUGUUUUGGUUUUCAAACCUAAAAAAAGAAGACGGUGGAAGGUAUAUAAAGUAGAAGCAGUUACUUUCUUCUUCUUAAACUCCACGGCGCAGAUCCGAGGAGUUUCCGUCUCUCAUUUGACCAUUUCUUCUCUCUCGAGAUCUCUCUUUUUCACUUUGUGCUAACAGCAGUCAUGGCAGGAAUGGCGUCAGAAGGAACACAAUACGAUCCUCGUCAGUUUGAUUCUAAGAUGAAUGCCAUACUCGGCGAGGAAGGAGAGGAAACUUUCUACACCACUUAUGAUGAAGUCUGUGAUAGCUUUGAUGCAAUGGAACUCAAGUCUGAUCUCCUGAGAGGCAUCUAUGCCUACGGUUUUGAGAAGCCAUCUGCUAUUCAGCAGAGAGGUAUUAUUCCUUUCUGCAAGGGUCUUGACGUGAUCCAGCAAGCUCAGUCUGGAACCGGCAAGACCGCUACCUUCUGCUCUGGCGUGUUGCAGCAGCUUGACUACACUCUUGUUCAGUGCCAAGCUCUUGUUCUGGCUCCCACCAGAGAGCUCGCUCAGCAGAUUGAAAAGGUUAUGAGGGCUCUUGGUGACUACCUCGGUGUCAAGGUUCACGCCUGCGUUGGUGGAACAAGUGUCCGUGAGGAUCAACGCAUUCUCCAGUCUGGUGUCCACGUUGUUGUUGGAACACCUGGUCGUGUCUUUGACAUGUUGCGUAGACAAUCUCUCCGCGCUGAUGCCAUGAAGAUGUUUGUUCUUGAUGAAGCCGAUGAGAUGCUCUCUCGUGGUUUCAAGGAUCAGAUUUACGACAUCUUCCAGCUUCUUCCUUCUAAGGUUCAGGUCGGUGUCUUCUCCGCCACGAUGCCGCCUGAAGCUCUCGAGAUCACAAGGAAGUUCAUGAACAAACCGGUGAGGAUCCUUGUGAAGCGUGACGAGCUGACUCUUGAAGGUAUCAAGCAGUUUUACGUCAACGUUGACAAGGAAGAGUGGAAGCUGGAGACGCUUUGUGAUCUCUACGAGACGCUAGCCAUCACGCAGAGUGUCAUCUUUGUGAACACAAGGCGUAAGGUUGAUUGGUUGACUGAUAAAAUGAGGAGCCGUGACCAUACUGUUUCAGCUACGCACGGAGACAUGGACCAGAACACGAGAGACAUCAUCAUGCGUGAGUUCAGGUCUGGUUCUUCUCGUGUUCUCAUAACCACUGACCUCCUUGCACGUGGUAUUGAUGUGCAGCAAGUGUCUCUGGUGAUUAACUUUGACCUCCCUACACAACCUGAGAACUACCUUCACCGUAUUGGAAGAAGUGGAAGGUUUGGGAGGAAGGGAGUGGCGAUCAACUUCAUGACAACUGACGAUGAGAGGAUGUUGUCUGAUAUUCAGAAGUUUUACAAUGUGGUCGUUGAAGAGUUGCCAAGCAAUGUUGCUGAUCUUCUCUGAGUCCUCCGUGUUGUGGCGGCAUGGUAAUUUCUCUCUCUUUUUUUUUACCGAGUAACUGCUGAAUUUUACCACCCUUUUUACCGCAGUUUUACUAUGUUUUGUUUCCAGCUUAUUUAGAGUUUAUUUUGGUAAAAUGAGAAGAGAACUCAUCUCAUGACUUUUUGUUUUGUUUUGUUUUUUUGGGCAUUAUGUUAAAACUUUCUUGUUAACGCGACUCACAAGUUUCUAUUUCUCUUAA